CUCCCUCCUUCGACGUGUUGAUUCUCCUGUCACCCGCUCAGGGGAUUCCUACCUAACACCACACCAUGUGCGACAUUCGUUGAUCGCUUCGUCAACACCAACCCAUGACGGACCACCUUCGCUAGCUCACCACCCACCCCACACGACCGACAUGGCCACACCCACUCUGGACCGCUUCCUCGCCAGCCUCGCCGACCUGGUCAAGGCCCGUGAUGGAUCCCAGCUCCAGGACUUUCUGCAGCUCGAGCCGCCUCUACCUGACAUCUAUCGACAAAUGGUGGGGGAACUGCGACAACAUUAUCCGAGCGGGCCAAAGGAGGCAGACUUGCUACGCCGAUGUGAAGCUCUUGUGCCCAAAGCCAAGGGCGUUUCAUGGACCGCCUUUCCGACCUUUAUGAGGCUCUACUUCACCUUCCUACGCGAUGUGAACCUAGACAACCUACUCGACACAUACGAUCUUCUCAAGGGGCUGCUGAAUCAAUGCGUACUGGCAUUAGGUGACAGCCAAAUGGGUGUCGUGGUCCUACCCACCGUUCUCUACCUGUCCAAGGUCCUCGCGAAGCUCGCCAUGGGCUUGGAUCGUCGUCCCGAGUUGGUCGCCCACCUCCUGCGUCUGGAAGGCCGGUCGAAUCAAGAAGAAGCUACAGAGAAGGUGACUUUGGUGGAGAAAUCGGCCAAUGUCGUUCGGGAGGCGUUCAUCAAAUGUUUGACCGACCGAAGCGGGACGCCCGGCAUCCAUGGAAAACCUGAGGGCAAAAGAAUUGGGAUCUACUUGAUGGCAAACCUUUGCUUGAAACUGCUUUUCCAGUGCGGCAAACUUCGAAACGCCGAGCAAAUGUUCGCCAGCAUCAGCGCCCAGUCUCCUCCGCUGAAACACUUUCCAGCGUCUCAGCGAGUCACAUAUCUUUACUACCUCGGGCGCUACUUGUUCUCCAACAACCUCUUCUACCCCGCACAGAUUGCCCUGCAAGCCUCUUACGAUCAAUGCCACCGCCAGGCGACGAACCAAAAACGGGUCAUCCUUACCUACCUCAUUCCUUGCAACAUCAUCAUGGGACGCUUCCCCUCAUCACAACUACUCCAACGCCCCGAGGCCGAAGGGCUCGCGGACAAGUUCAUUCCGAUCUGCCGACUCAUCGCUCGCGGCGAUUACAUCGCCUUCCGAGAACACCUCGCCAUUGGCUCUCCCGAGACGGAAUGGUUCGCGCGAAAGGGCAUUCUUCUUCCCUUGCGCAAUCGAUGCGAGAUCCUCGUCUGGCGAUCUCUGGCCCGCAAGGUCUUCAUCCACGCCGGCUUCCACGGCGAAUCCUCUCAGGGCCCGGCCCAACGGGGGCCACCCCCGUAUCUGUAUAUCAAUAAACUGGAGGCCGCAGUCCGGUGGAUCCAAUCGCAGCAUGCACAAUCCUCCCAACGUGCAAUUGGCUUUUUCUCCCCCCUCCCCAAAGUGGAAUCCAAGGCGGGACAGAGCCCGGUCGGAUCCCAGAUUAUCAACAAAACUCCCGAUUGGGAUUUUGAAGGCCUGAACGAACUGGAAGCACAGGAGGCAGUCGCCAGUCCCGGUCUGAUCGCCAAAUACGGAGACUACCUAGCCCCGGAUGGCUGCUACGACUCCCAUGGGCAAUGGCAGGCCAACGCGGCGGGGAAUCUCGUCGACGGCCAACCAUCGGCGGAAUACCAGCAGUAUGAGCUCGACCCAUACGCGAAUCGGACCGACGGCGGGCCAGAGGGCAAGCCCACGCUCAUGAUGCGCGAGCUCGAGUCCAUCCUGGCCUCUCUCCUGACCCAAGGCUUGAUGCGCGGAUUCCUGACCCACAAGAAUCCCCGUCUGGCGAUUCCCGGCGCGCGAGUGCGUGGUGCGGUUCCGACUGGCUUUCCCAAUGUCUGGCACACCGUCCUUACUCGGGAGCGAGAAGACGAGCACGUUCCCGGCUGGGUCCAACCGCCGUCGGUGGCGGCCAUCCCGGCGGCCGGAGGUGGACGAGUCGUCAAUCUGUCCGGAGCGAGGCCCGUGGGAGUCCAGUGA